AUGGCAGGAGACAUUUUGAACUUCACGGACGAAGUCAGUGCGACUGUGGAACCAAGUGAACUAUCCAAAUUCUCCCCAGGACUGCUGACGUUCGCGGCUGUGGUGACAGGAACUAUUAUGUUGGUAGGACUCUUCGGUAAUCUCCUCACAGUCGUUGCGCUACUCAAGUGCCCCAAAGUGAGGAAUGUUGCUGCUGCUUUUAUUAUUAGUCUAUGCAUUGCGGAUUUCCUGUUCUGUGCCAUCGUACUCCCAUUCGCCAUAUCAGGCUUCUGGACUCGAACGUGGUCUCACGGCGGAGUGCUCUGCAAGUUAGUACCGUUCCUCAGGUACGGGAACGUUGGAGUGUCUCUCUUAAGCAUCGCCCUCAUAACCUUGAACAGGUAUAUAAUGAUAGCCCACCACAGCUGGUACUCGCGCGUAUACCGCAAACACAACAUUGCACUUAUGAUCGUAUUCUCGUGGAUGUUCUCGUACGGUAUGCAGAUACCUACGCUUGUUGGAGUAUGGGGUAAAUUUGACUACGACCCAGAGUUAGGGACAUGUUCAAUCAUGCCAGACGACAAUGGCCGCUCAGCGAAGACUGCCCUGUUCGUGAUUGCCUUCAUUGUACCAGCACUGCUCAUAUUAAUAUGCUACGCCAGGAUAUUCUGGGUGGUACACAGCUCAGAACAACGCAUGCGUGAACAUCAAAGGUCCCAACAUAUGAGCCCUGGGAACCUUAAUAGCAACGAUAAGAGGUCCACGAUAAAAGACAACAGAGAGACCAAAGCCCGUCGAAACGAGUGGAGAAUUACGAAGAUGGUACUCGCGAUCUUUUUGUCCUUCCUCGUAUGCUACCUGCCUAUCACCAUCGCGAAGGUCGCUGACAAUCAUGUGCAUUUUCCCGUAUUCCAUAUUGCGGGUUACAUCUUGCUGUACGCGAGCGCUUGCGUAAACCCGAUCAUCUACGUGAUAAUGAAUGCGCAGUACCGCGCUGCGUACGCGGCGGCGCUAUGCUGCCCCCUCGCGCGCCUCUCGGGGCUCACCAGCGAGAAAUGGAACGAGCGUCACGGGUACAGCUUCAACAACACGCAAACGGCGCUCAGCCAAGUGUCACUGGGGGAGUCGAGAGUCGACCCUCGGGGAGCCCUGGCAAGCCCUGGCGGAAAAUAA